GUUCCUGUCACAUUCAUUUACGUUAUCUCUCUUAACUCUUCACUCUCCAAUGUCUAAUCCUCAUUACAAUCUGAAAACACAGGAAAAAACAGCUGAAUUCAAGUUGGAUGUUUCUGAUGAAAACAUUAGAAGGAACACUAUGAAAAUUGUCUGGAUGUUUCCAGUUACUUUCGUAGACAUCAAGGAAAAAGGUAUACUAAAGGUGAGGGGAAAAUUUGAUCACAUUGAAAUGAGAGAGAUUUUACAGCAACAUAUAGAUGAGUCUGUUGACUUAAUCAAUCCAAUGAAAAAAUCGGAGAAAAAACAGAUUCCAGGUUUGGCUACAGUCUUCAACUACUUUAAGACUCCAGCAACGCAGGAGAUAGUUGUCUUCGAGUUUAGAGUUCUUGAUGAACGUAUCAUACCGAAAGCUAUGGAAGUUAUCUGGGAGUUUCCAGUUACUUCGGUAGAGAUCGAGAAUGAUUUUUAUCUAAAGGUUAAGGGAGGAGAAAUUAAUAAAGAGGUCAUGAAGACGCAACUAAAGGAUGUAGAUAAACAUGUUAAGAUAAAAUGGCAUGGACAAGAUGUAGAAGAAGAGCCAAAAAAGCAAUCCGAGGCCGGUGGCUCGAAGUUGCAACCGGAGCAACUUAGUAAAAAGAAAAAUAUAUACGAAGACGCCUACGGUGAACAUCUUAAAAAACGACAAGGUAUUAACCAAGCAAAGCAGCCGGCAUUUUACGACGAUUGGCUCUUAGAGGAAGCGCAUGGACCUUUUAACCAACAACAAGGUUUUAAGCAAGAAAAUCUGCUGCCAAUCUAUGGAGGUGCACAUGCGCAAGGAUUGUAUAAACAAAAUGCGAAUAAGGUCUUCCAGCCGCAACCAAAAGGAGGCUUUGCUGCACUGAACCUUGGUGAGAAGAAGAAACAAGCUGAAGUGAAGAAGCAAAAUCAAGACGCAGGAUGGUUUGGAAAUAUGUUUGGUAACCAACAACCUCAGGUCAAGCAGGAGUUCAGAGGCAAACGUGAAAAUCAGCAUGCUCAGCGCAUCGAUCCGCUUAUAAUACAAGGUCUAGAUGGAAAAUUUCAUGCAUAUAAGGAGAAAAAUAAUAAUCCGUAUGCCCGUAGCUCAAAUGGGCCAACAUCUAACAAUGAGUUUGGAUCAAGCAGUACGCGGAAUCGCUCUAGCUUCUCACGGUCAAGCAGUGCGAUGGAUCUAUCUCAAACCACAUCAUCAAGCAGUGUGGCGUAUUCUUCUUACUCCACAACACCAAACAGUUCUAGGAAUUCCUCUCACUCACGAUCAAGAAGUUCGGAGAAUCUGUCUCAAUUCCAAUCAAACAGUACGGGGAAUUCCUAUACAUCCUCUCAAUCAAACACAGCGAGUGGAUCCAAGCAAGGCCAAAGUUCUAAAAAACCAGGAAAGUAAGCAUGCUCGGUUGCAAAGAAAGGGAGGAAUGUCAAAACUAAGCUCUGAAAUUUUUGACAAAGAAAAAGAGACUUGUCAAGAAUAAAGGUCCAGCAUAUUUUUUUCUAGUCUAGUCUAUUAGAUUUCUUCUAAAAGAGCCAAUCUGAGGUGGUGAUCGGUUUGACCUCCAUGGACUAGAAAAAAAGGUAUUGUGGUGUUUAUUACAUAUUAAUUGGCAAAGUAUUGUUUUUGGUUAACAAUUUGCUCCUCCAAUUGUGUUUAGUCGAGUGAUAUCGUUGUGUUUCUUUAAGAUUUAUUAAACAUUUGAGUUUUUUUUUUUCUUAAUGCAAAU